CGCCCCCUGACCACCCCUGCAACGGUGGAGUACGAUGUUCCACGCUCGUCCCUGCGUGUACCUGGUCCCAAAACAACCGAGUUGUCCGCUGCCAGCUCAUCUCCUGGCAAAACGACACUGGAAAUUGACAUCUCACUUCACAAGCUGGCUGCUACUAUAUACACGUGAUGGGUGUGGUCUCGUAGCGCUCCAUGUAAGGGUGGGGCUACUUAGCUGCUUUGUGUAAAAUGGGGCCUUCUCGCAGUCGAGUUCUUUGCUUCUGGGCGCUCGUGGUGGGUCUCGUCAAAGCUCAGGAGUGUAUGAAAGGUCCAGUUUGGCUGUUCAGCUUGCCCGACGACCUCGAAAGUAUAUACCAGGGAUUGACUGAGCCGUUGGUCAUCAUCGAGAGCGGGGAGGUGACCAGUCUACUGGCGGACUCUAAUCUGGCGUCGAUCAUUGCGCUGCCGAACGAAGUCGUCGAGUUUCCGCUGGUGUGGUGCAAUGCAGGGAAAGAGACAAUUAACUACACGGUGACACUGGAGUCCGAUAAUCCAAACAAUCUUGGUCACCCGCUCAUGUCUGCUCCUACUACCGGGGUUCUACCCACCACCUCUUACAGGUUCCGUGCUUGCUUUCCCUGUCUCUCUGAGGGUCCCACAACGACUAAUGUGAACAUCACAAUCAGAAUGAUCAGACCAUCAGAUGGACUAGAAUUCUGCCCUGCAUCAUUCUACUUCUCCAAGAAAUGCAACAUCAGGAGCCCAAGGCUUGAGGUUUGCAGUAGUGAAAACGGAACACUUGGUAUUGAGGAUGGCUUUGUCAAUGUUACUGGACUCGUCAAAAAUGAAGAGAACAGUACAGCACCUCCAAGACCAGUAUCAAGGCAUUCAAAAGUGCCUGUGGCCACCAUUCUCACCUCUACCCUACUCCCCACUGCCUUCAUCGUCCUUGUUCUGGUCGUAUUCCUCCUCUGGCUGGGCUGGUACCGCCGGAGAAACAAGGAGAUUGCCAGUUUCCAACCGGAGGCCGUUAGCCUAGCUUAUCAAGGGGUCUACCCCACGUGGAGUCAGAGGGAGCCUCACGAAAAGGAAUUCCCUGCAGAGAACCUGAGUCUCACAAGAGAGCUCGGGGAAGGAGCAUUUGGUGUUGUGUAUGAGGCAAAUGCAGUAGGAAUCGAAGAAGAAGAAGGGACAGCGACAGUCGUGGCAGUAAAACAGCUACGAGGAGAGAGCACCCCACAGAUCAUUGAAGAUUUCUUCCGUGAGGUCGACUUUAUGUCUCGCCUGAAUCACGCGAGGGUCGUCCGUCUUCUCGGGGUGUGCAGCCAGACGGAGCCGUUUGCCAUGAUCUUUGAGUACAUGGACCUCGGGGACCUGCGUAGCUUCCUGCGAGAUGCAGCCGGUCUUGGGGAAAAUGACAAGAAGGACGGUGAGCUGGGAACACUCAUGGACAACCCUCUGCUGUCUACUCAGGAGCUUCUGUCCAUUGCUGUACAGGUGGCUGAAGGAAUGGUGUACAUAUCUUCCAAGCACCUCAUCCACAGAGACCUGGCCACCAGGAACUGUUUGGUUGGCACUGGGCUGGUGGUGAAGAUAGCUGACUUUGGCAUGUCCAGAGAUGUGUAUUCCUCCGAUUACUACCGGGUGCAUGGUAGUGCAAUGCUGCCAGUUCGCUGGAUGCCUCCAGAGUCACUUCUGUAUGGGAAAUUCUCGACGCAGACCGACAUCUGGGCUUUCGGAGUUCUCCUCUGGGAGAUCUUCACCUUCGGUCAGCAGCCGUACACUGGGAUGUCCAACGAAGAAGUAGUCAAAUCUAUUGAGAAAGGGGUCACCCCCGAGAUCCUGCCAAAUUGCCCCGCGACUAAUCUCAUGAGGAACUGUUGGAAACGCACGCCCAAAACACGGCCAAGUUUCGAGGCAAUCUGUGCCUUGCUUACAACACUGGUCAGCACCUCCCAAUAGCACUUUUGUUUUUAUGAGUGUUUAAUGUUAGCAUUUUCAUACGUGAUUCAACCUUGUUGCUCAAAAGACAAUGAACAAGUGGACCUGAAUGGUGCAUAGAAACCAACACACAAUACUACACACAUGGAGAGGUUGGUUAGGAGUUAAUAAGCUUUUUGGCUUUCUUUUUGAGUUCUUCUGCUUUUCCUGCAUCAGUCUCAACACCGUCUCCCAGUAGGUACAUCCUCGCUGCAUUGGCACAGCCGUAUGGAUGACCCAGCUCGCAACUUCUCAACGAGAACUCGAGUGCCUUCGGCAUGUUCUUGGGCACCAGACUACUCCCCUGCAGGUAGAGCGCACUGAGGUUGAAACACCCGUUCUUGUGACCACCGUUGCAAGCCCUGUGGAAAAACUCAGCAGCUCGACUAUAGUCUGCCUGUACGUCGGGUCUCGAAGUUUUCCAGACAAGUCCUGCAUUGUUGCACGCUCCACUCGACCCCUUCUCGCAGGCCGUCUCAAAGAUAGAGAGAGCUUUGGACAAGUCCUU